UAGACUCAGACCCUACCGCCGUCACAUGUUGCAGCUACUCGCCCGUCUGCAGACCACGAAGCUUCUUGAUGGCCCUUACAUCGGCCCGGAGGAGAACUGGGAGCACAUCGAGCAGUUUGCUCAGCUCUGCUACAACCCAACCCCUUCCCUUGUAACUCUGGACCCCUGUAGCACGGAGAACCAGAACGCAGGAAGCUUUUCUAACUCGCCUUUCUACAAGUGAGGGUCUCAGUAUCAGCAGUGAAGAAAAGGCAUGAAGGAUAAUUGGCUGUAGAGAUGUUGAGAGCAAUGGAGGAAAGGUUGUGGAUAUCAGAGAUCGUAAGAUGUUGAUUUACUGUUAUCCAAAUUUACGUCAUUUCACUUGCAAAGCGUAUCUCCCAGCACAAUAAAAUUUCCUUUUGUGGGG